GUUUCGUCCUGGCCAAACAUUCGCUUUGAUUUUCUUUUACUUAUUAUUUUCCCGCGCAGUUUGGGUAGAUGGCUCCUAAAUCUGAUAAUACAGAAGCAAUCGUGCUCAACUUCGUGAAUGAGCAAAAUCGGCCCUUAAAUUCUCAAAAUGUGGCUGAUUCUUUACAAAAGUACAACCUUAAAAAGACGGCUGUACAAAAAGCUUUGGAUAAUCUUGCUGAUAGCGGAAAGAUUUCAUUCAAGGAGUAUGGUAAACAGAAGAUAUACAUUGCUAGGCAAGACCAGUUUGACAUUCCGAACAAUGAAGAGCUUAAUCAGAUGAAGGAACAAAAUGCCAAGCUGCAGGAACAGCUUGAAGAACAGAAGAAGGCAAUCACCAGGGUUGAGGGAGAAAUUAGAACUUUACAGUCAAAUUUAACAUUGGAACAAAUACGUGAGAAAGAAGCCAAACUAAGAAAGGAGAUUAAGGAAAUGGAGGAUAAACUGGCUAAAUUGCGUGGAGGAGUCACCCUGGUGAAGCCCGAGGAGAGGAAGGCGGUUGAGAAGAUGUAUUUGGAGAAAGUAAGUCAGUGGAGAAAGCGUAAAAGGAUGUUCAAAGAUAUAUGGGAUACCAUAACUGAGAACUCAUCUAAGGAUCUGAAGGAAUUUAAGGAGGAGCUUGGAAUCGAAUAUGAUGAAGAUGUUGGUGUGAGUUUGCAGGCUUUUUCUGAUUUGUUGCAACAUGGUAAGAAGAGGCCAAGAGGCCACUGAGUUAUUUGUAGUGUUACAUACUUAAUCGAGGAUCAGGCAUAUAAAAAUUUUCAGUUUUCGUUAUUGUAGAUUCUGCAUUUUUGCUAGAUCUAGAUCUUUAGCUCUGAAAAUUAGUUUGUUUGUUUGUUUAUUUUUCACAAAUGUUAUGUGACA